AUGGGCUUCAUAUUUGCUGUUCGCUCCUUGCCCGAUUUCACUCAACAAAACCUCAUAAAGCCGACGGACCUUGUCCGCCUCUACGUCGACAACUACAAUCAGAUCAAACCCCUGAUCGACAGCAUUGUGACUAUGCUCCCCGUCCCCGUGUUUUUGCCCAUUACGCGGAACAUGAUUUCGGGCCGACUCAACGAGGAGAACGAUCAGCUCGACGUUGCAGCCACUGUGCUUGCGCAUGCCAUUCAAGUUCUCCUCUUCGCCCCAUUUACCUCCACAAGGGGCAGCUUCAACACAAUCGACAAGGAGGUCACAGUUACACCCAAAUUCGCAGGCUACGAGAACUACGAGAGUACCGGUUCGAAGAGCAGCAAGAGCGUCUGCUACGACGAGGCUGGCCGUAUUAGAGACUCAGCCCGAGACUACAUUUGUUACGUGACUCCACCUCACCUACUAAGCUAG